AAGAUGGUGCUCGAAGAUCAGAGAUUUGCCCACGAGGAUCUCGAGCGGCUGGAGCACGCUAUUGCGGAUCGCGUGGCCGACGAACCUCGCAACAUCCGAGAACGCCUGGCUCGCGACCAUGAGAUUGCCCAUUUCCUGACGCGGAUUGAAGACCAAUCAAAGCGGUUACUCGAUAUUUACAAGGAUGCCGACGGGUUACGAGAACAGGAACUUCAGUCCAUUUCCACCGGCGAACAGUUCGAGGAGUUCUACAAGCAGCUGGAUGACAUCAAAGAUUUUCACAAGCGAUACCCAAAUGAGCCUGUUGAGAAUCUCGAGCGCGCCUACAAGCGCCGUCAGCCCGGGGAAGGCGAAAUCGUUGGAAUGGAGAUUGACAACAUGUUUACGGGUGAGGAGGGCUUUGGGCAGUACUUGGAUCUGACGACACUUCACGAAGAUUAUCUCAACCUCCCCGGCGUGAAAAGAUUAACAUAUGUCCAAUAUCUGGACAUAUUCGAUUCCUUUACCCCGCCGCAACUUCUGAUCAAGCGGAACAACAAGCUCUCCGACAAAUAUUUCAAAUACGUUGGGGAGCUUGCAACAUACCUGGAAGGCUUCAUUAAAAGGACGAAGCCAUUGCAAGAUCUGGAUAUGCUAUUCGCCAGCUUUGAUGAAGAAUUUGAGAAGCAAUGGGCAGCAGGUGAAGUCCCAGGGUGGACAGAAGAGAAAGCCGAGAACGGUGCGCAAGGGCCUAAAACCGAGGGAACAGGCGAGGGUACCUGGUGUGCGGAUUGUGAAAAGGAAUUCAAGAACGAGAACGUUUACAAGAAUCACUUGACUGGUAAGAAGCACAUUCGGGCCGCCGAGGCCCGUAAGGCCGCUGGUUCGAACGAAACCUCGGCACCCCCUGCUGGAGGCGUUCAGUCUGCAGCUUAUCGCUUGAAGGAACGUGCCGUGGCAGAGCGUGAGCACCGGAUUCGAUCACUAGCGCAAGCUCUCCAAUCCGAACGUCAAGCAACGCGGAUCAAUGUGGAACGCAGACAGGGUAUGACGGAGCGAGAACGCCAGAUGGAGCUUGAAGCUUUGCUGGCUGAGCCCGAAAGUCUUGGUGCCGAUGGUCGCGGCAACGAGCCCUCUGAUGAUGAAGGAGAUGAGCGAAUCUACAACCCUCUUAAAUUGCCGUUGGCUUGGGAUGGCAAACCCAUUCCAUACUGGCUUUACAAGCUUCACGGCUUGGGUGUUGAAUAUACCUGUGAAAUCUGCGGUAACUUUGUGUACAUGGGCCGUCGCGCUUUCGACAAACACUUUUCUGAGGCUCUUCAUAUCUUUGGCUUGAAAUGUCUGGGUAUCACGUCGAAUACCAACCUCUUCCGCGAGAUCACUCGGAUCGACGAUGCCAUCAGGCUAUGGGAGAAACUCGAACAAGACCGCAAGAAGGAUCGGGACCAUACCGACAACGUCGUACAAAUGGAGGACGCGGAGGGAAAUGUUAUGCCGGAGAGAAUAUACCUGGAUCUCCAAAAACAGGGCAUCCUCUGAUUUAUUUUUCGACCUUUGUCUUAUAUUCCCAACUAUCAUAUUCUGCAGUUUCCUCUUCAUUAUUGAAAAGCUUGGAGUUUGGCGGGUGUCAAUGUUAUCAUUUCCAUAGGAUUAUGUUGCUGGUUGGGUUAUUCUAGGCUGGGGAUGACGAUCUGUUAGAUCAUGGCCGCUGUGGCCAUGUCCUCAUGUAUUCUAUUAAGACUACCAUCAUCCGU